AACGGGCCCGCGCCGGACAAGGCCCAGCCCGUGUCAGCCUCGCCCGGCGGUACAGCCAGCCCGCUCGAGCCGGAGCCGGAGGACUUGCGGGCCUAACCUCCCCCGCGCGGCCCGGGAUGGGUCCCCGAUCCGGGGCGCACCGCCUCCGGGUGCCGGGGACCGUCUCCGCUGCGAGAGUCUGAAGCGCCGCCGCCCUGGGGUGGGUGGACGGCCAGGCGCGGGGGCUGAGCCGCUGAGUGACCUUGGCAAGGCCGAUCUGGCUCGGUCGACGACGCACAGUGCCUAAACUUACUCACCUGGCCUCCUGUGAUCACCUUGUUACUGAACCAAAGUCGGAUCUGCUUGCCCAACACGUAGCAAAGCCAAUCUGCUGACACCAGGCUGUGGUGAAGAUGUUUUCAAGUCAGAAAACAUAUACUGAGCACCUACUAUGUACAAGAUGAACAUCUGCAACAAGCCCUCUAACAAGACAGCCCCUGAGAAGAAUGUGUGGACAGCACCUGCACAGGCCAGCGGACCCUCCUCGGAGCUGCAGGGCCAGCGGUCCCGCCGGAAUGGGUGGAGCUGGCCCCCUCACCCGCUCCAGAUUGUGGCCUGGCUGCUGUACCUCUUCUUUGCUGUGAUUGGCUUUGGGGUCCUUGUUCCCCUCCUGCCUCACCACUGGGUGCCUGCUGGCUAUGCUUGCAUGGGCGCCAUCUUUGCUGGCCACCUCGUGGUGCACCUGACUGCUGUUUCCAUCGAUCCAGCAGAUGCCAAUGUGCGGGACAAGAGCUAUGCUGGGCCCCUGCCCAUCUUCAACCGCAGCCAACAUGCACACGUCAUUGAAGACCUGCACUGCAACUUGUGCGACGUGGAUGUGAGUGCUCGUUCCAAGCACUGCAGCGCCUGCAACAAAUGCGUGUGCGGCUUCGACCACCACUGCAAGUGGCUCAACAACUGCGUGGGCGAGAGGAACUACCGGCUCUUUCUACACAGUGUGGCAUCUGCCUUACUGGGCGUCCUGCUCCUCGUGCUGGUGGCCACUUAUGUCUUUGUGGAGUUCUUUGUCAACCCCAUGCGGCUGCGUACCAACCGCCACUUUGAAGUCUUGAAGAAUCACACAGAUGUGUGGUUCGUGUUCCUGCCUGCUGCCCCUGUGGAGACCCAGGCUCCUGCCAUACUGGCUCUGGCUGCCCUUCUCAUCCUUCUAGGCCUGCUCUCCACAGCCCUGCUUGGCCACCUGCUCUGCUUCCACAUUUAUCUCAUGUGGCACAAGCUCACCACCUAUGAAUACAUCGUGCAGCAUCGUCCGCCCCAGGAGACAAAGGGGGCCCACAGGGAGCUUGAGUCGUGUCCCCCCAGGAUGCGGCCCAUUCAGGAGAUGGAGUUCUACAUGCGGACCUUCAGCCAUGUGCGCCCAGAGCCCCCUGGCCAGGCCAGGCCUGCCUCAGUGAAUGCCAACCCCUCCCGGUUCCUUGCCACCCGCGGCCACGUGGAGCCCCCACCGCCCUCCUCCCCAGAGACUCUCGCUCUGCCCCCCCGGAUCCGACCCCAGAAAAAAAGGAAGCGGCGCAUGUAUAAGGUACGGACCUCCAGAACCUUGGACCGGGAGCCCCCGUUGCCCAGGCUGCCGGGUGAGCGCCCCUUCCUGACAAGAUCCUGCUCGGGGAGCUACGAGGGAGGGAAAGGAGCAGCCACGAGGGAGAAGCCGGGUGGCAUGGCAGCGAGCACAGAUGUGGCUGGGCUGGAGGAAAGCUUCCGCAAGUUUGCCAUCCAUGGUGAUCCCAAGGCCAGUGGGCACGAGAUGAAUGGCAAGAACUGGGCCAAGCUGUGCAAGGACUGCAAGGUGGCUGACGGAAAGGCUGUGACAGGGACCGAUGUCGACAUCGUCUUCUCCAAAGUCAAGGGGAAGUCUGCCCGGGUCAUCAACUAUGAGGAGUUCAAGAAGGCCCUAGAAGAGCUGGCACCCAAGCGAUUCAAGGGGAAGAGCAAGGAGGAGGCCUUUGAUGCCAUCUGCCAGCUGGUGGCAGGCAAGGAACCAGCCAAUGUGGGUGUUACUAAAGCAAAAACAGGGGGUGCUGUGGAACGGCUGACUGACACCAGCAAGUACACGGGCUCCCACAAGGAACGCUUCGAUGAGAGCGGCAAGGGCAAGGGCAUUGCUGGGCGGCAGGACAUCCUGGAUGACAGUGGCUAUGUGAGUGCCUACAAGAAUGCAGGUACCUAUGAUGCCAAGGUGAAGAAGUGAGGCCUGGGAAGGCCCCCCCUAGCAUGGCUGCCCCUGCCAGAGGCUCAGGCCUGGGCCUAAGGGGCAUGUGGAGCAAGAGAGCCCGGUCCCCUCCUUGCUGGAUCUGCCGCCCAGCGCUUCCUGCCCAGCCCUAUGGGGCCAGCCCACCAGACCUCUGACCCAGACUGCUCUGCAUCCCCUUCCCCUUUUUCUUUCCCCCUCGACUUCUGUCUGUCUGGGGAGAGUCUGUGCCUAUAGCCUCACCACCCCAACCUAGCCCUGGGCAUGGCUAACCCCUGCCUGCUUGCCUCAUAUUUAAGCUGCUGCUCUGGCCAAGUGCCUAAUUCUUACCCGGACCUCAAUAAAGCCACCUUUUGUACCAA